GUCAUGGCUCCCUGAAUAGAGUGGACGUUUGGCCCUGAUACGAGAUCAAAAAUCUUUGGAAAAUAUAUAGUUUCUUCGCUUAUUUGUGCUGAAAUUGGGAAUUUUGACGGCUUCUGUUUGUAGAAUUCACCAUGGCGGGGAGUAGUACGGCUCAGAAAACAUGGGAGCUGUCGAACAGCAUGCAGGAAGUUCAGAGCAUCGAUGAAAUUUACAAAUAUGACAAAAAGCAACAACAAGAAAUCCUCGCUGCGAAGCCAUGGACAAAGGAUCACCACUACUUCAAGUACUGCAAGAUCUCAGCUUUGGCCCUGUUGAAGAUGGUGAUGCACGCCAGGUCUGGAGGUAACCUGGAGGUGAUGGGCCUCAUGCUGGGGAAGGUGGACGGUGAAACCAUGAUCAUUAUGGACAGCUUUGCGUUGCCUGUGGAGGGCACAGAAACCAGAGUGAACGCCCAGGCUGCAGCUUAUGAAUACAUGGCUGCCUAUAUUGAAAAUGCAAAACAGGUUGGCCGGCUGGAGAACGCUAUUGGCUGGUACCACAGUCACCCAGGCUACGGAUGCUGGCUCUCGGGUAUCGAUGUCAGCACUCAGAUGCUCAACCAGCAGUUUCAGGAGCCUUUUGUGGCCGUUGUGAUCGAUCCAACUCGGACUAUUUCUGCAGGGAAAGUCAACCUUGGUGCCUUCAGAACCUACCCAAAGGGUUACAAACCCCCUGAUGAGGGACCAUCAGAAUAUCAGACAAUCCCUCUGAACAAGAUUGAAGACUUUGGUGUACACUGUAAACAGUAUUACGCUUUGGAGGUUACUUAUUUUAAGUCUUCCCUUGAUAGAAAGCUCCUGGAACUCCUUUGGAAUAAAUAUUGGGUUAAUACUCUAAGUUCCUCAAGUCUCCUCACGAACUCGGACUACACCACGGGCCAAGUGUUUGACCUGUCGGAGAAGCUGGAGCAGUCGGAGGCUCAGCUGGGCAGAGGCAGCUUCAUGCUCGGGUUGGACACGCAUGACAGGAAGUCUGAGGACAAACUGGCCAAAGCUACACGAGACAGCUGCAAGACAACCAUAGAGGCAAUUCAUGGGUUGAUGUCUCAAGUCAUUAAGGACAAACUCUUCAAUCAAAUCAACACAUCUGCCAAUUAAACCUGAACCGCAAGGGGAUUUGGAUUUCACCUGGAAGUGUUUCCUUGUGCAUGCCUAGGACUGACUGGUUCAUGAUGUUAUGGUGUUUAACUGCUAAGAGUAGCAUUAUCUGUGAUUUCUCUGGGGAGUGCUUUUCUAUUCAUUUUGUUCUUUUCUCCUAGAUGUAGGUAAGAAAUGCAUUCAGGACACAUGCAGAAAAUAAAAUAUAAGAAGUACAAGUA